AUGCCCUCGCAACUGAUCGAACGAGGACCACAUGGUCCUGUCGCGAAAAGACAGAGGCUCAAUCGAGCGGAUGCGCCGCGGACAACGAGGCGAGCAUCGAAGCUUUUCUCCCCAUUCCGAACAAUCGGAUUGGUUUCUUCAACCGCAGUUCCCUUUACUUCCGUCCCACUGGGCGGAAAGACGUUCCAGAUCACAACUUCCGUAGGAAGGUGUCUGCAGACCUACGACCUCAAGCGCGGACUCGGCCUGAUCUUCCUCACCCGGCCGCAGACCCCCGCCGAUAUCACCGCGACUUUGGCAUGGAGGGAGUUUGUAUUCGCUACGUGGGGCGGGGAGGGUACCCAGCCAGGAUUCUGGGUCUUCAAGCGCGGCAGGCAAGUGGCAGAAUUGGAUGUACCUGCAGACCUUGAGGAACCGAUCAAGCAGAUUUUGAUAUUCGGCACUUGGAUAGUGGGAUGCUGCUCGACCAGAAUUGAGGUGUGGAAGUCAGGCACGUACGAGCAUUACACCACAUUGUACCCGACAGCAGCCCCCAAGGAUGGAAAUGAGUUGACGGGAGGUAUCACGAAUAUGCCCACCUAUUUGAACAAGAUCUUUGCUGGAAGGAAAGAUGGUGCCAUCGAGAUAUGGAAUGUCAGCUCUGGCAAAUUGGUCUUUACGAUCAUGCCACCUGCAGCAGAUUGUGGUGCUGUAACGGUCCUCCAGCCAUCCCCGGCAUUGUCUCUCAUGGCAAUUGCGUACUCCAAGGGACCCUUGAUCAUACACGAUGUCCGGACCGACAAGACAAUCAUCAAUCUGGAUGGAGGGAACUCGCCUAUCACAUCGAUAUCCUUCCGGACGGACAAUUUAGGUGCUGGCGAGGACGGAAGAACGGCAGGAGUCAUGGCUACAGCGGGACCGAACAAUGGGGAUGUGACAUUCUGGGACCUCAACAAGGGUGGAAGAGUUAUGGGAGUACUACGAGGAGCACACAACCCUCCUUCUGAUGCUGGAGCAACUAUCGGAGGCGGAGUGAGCAAGGUGGAAUUCUUGUGGGGACAACAGGUUGUUGUGACAAGUGGUUUGGACAAUUCUCUGAAGACUUGGAUAUUUGACGAAUCGCCACACUCCCCUAUCCCGCGAGCUUUGCAUGCCAGAAGUGGCCAUGCAGCUCCCGUCACCAAACUUCUAUUCCUAGCUUCCGACUUCGACGGUGCCGACGGGGGAGGGAAAUGGCUGUUGAGUGCAGGAAAGGACCGAAGUCUGUGGGGAUGGAGUCUCCGUAACGAUUCGCAGAGUGCGGAACUCAGCCAGGGAAACAUUCGAAAGAAAGCUAAGAAGUUGGGUCUAUUGGCAAGCACCUUGACAAAUCAGUCAAGCACGUUAGAGGAUUUGAAGGCGCCUGAGAUCACAUGUAUUGCCAUGUCGAUGAACAAGGAGGGUGGGAUGGGAGCACAUGCAGGUGGUGGCGCGAUUUGGCAGAAGGAGGCCAGCCGAAGCAAGAAGCCUACAGAUGCAACAGCAAGCGGGGCAACCGGAUGGGAAAGUGUGGUAACUGGGCAUCGGCAGGAUAGCUGUGCCCGAACUUGGUUUUGGGGACGAAGGAAGGCCGGUCGAUGGGCUUUGGAGACCGGAGAUGGGGGCUAUGUCAGCAGCGUUGCUGUGAGUCCUUGUGGGAACUUUGCGGUUGUUGGAUCAGAGACUGGUGGCAUCGAUACGUUCAACUUGCAAUCUGGCAGACACCAUCAGCGAUACCCAUGCAAGUUAACAAAGGCGCAAGCUAAGAAAAUCCAGCUGCAAUUGCAACUAGAGGCAGCAAGGGCUGCGGACCAGCCCAGACCUGGGACCUACCAACUGGGGCUGGGUAGGCACAGAAAAUCAGUCACAGGAGUCGUGGUGGACCAGAUCAGCCAAACCGUCAUCAGUUGCUCCCUGGACGGCAAGAUCAAAUUUUGGAACCUCGAGCGCGGAGCACUAGUCUACGAAUUUGAGUCCGACGUCGGGUUCACCGGCCUCAAAUACCUCGCCUCCAACGACCUCAUAGCAGUCUCCUGCACAGACUUCUCCAUCAAAGUCCUCGAUACGGCCACCAAAAAGCUAAUCCGAGACAUCCAUGGCUGCACAGGGCCCGUCAAUGACUUUUGCUUCUCCAACGAUGGCAAUUGGCUCGUUGCUGCCUCUGCAGACUGCAUCAUCCGUGUUUGGGACCUCGCUACAAAACACUUGAUCGAUGCCAUCAGAAUGGAGACGCAAUGCACAGCCCUAUCAUUUUCAGCUACAGGACAGUUCCUAGCGACGACCUGCGAGGGCGAAAUCGGCGUCAACAUCUGGAAUAACAUCACGCUCUUCAAACACGUUCCUACACGGCACAUCUCCGAAAGCGAGAUCGCUGAUAUGGCUCUCCCCACGGCCUCCGGCGAAGGCGGGCACGGUAUGUUAGGUGGUGCAUUCGAAGAGGAUGACGAUGUUGGUAAUAGCCCUGAAGCCGGCGCUUACGACGCGAUCGAAGAUCUGGACGACCGCAUGAUGACGAUGAGUAUGGUGCCCAAGAGCGUACUGAACGGCCUGCAAUACAUCGACGAGAUCCGCGCGCGUAACGCGCCGAAGGAAGCCCCCAAGAAGCCUGAGAAGGCCCCGUUCUUCCUGCCGGGUAUCGACAACACAAUGCCGGUUACCCAUGUCCAGGAUACGAAAUCUACGACGGCGUACGAGAGAUCGAGGAUCAUGAAGCUGGGACCGCAGACUGAAAGCCCAUUUACCAUUACCUUGCGCGCGGGUAGCGAGUCCGGCGACUACCUCCCCUUCCUCACCCACCUCAGCACCCUUUCUCCCUCGACCAUCGACCUCUCGAUCCGCUCCCUCUCCCCAGACCCGUCUAACAACGAGCAAGUUUCCUUCGUGCGGGCGCUCACGAGCCGCCUGUCCCAGAACCGCGACUUCGACCUUGUGAACGUGUGUCUGCGCCGCUUCCUCGAGAUUCACAGCGAAGACCUACAGAGCGCCGAGAUGCGGGCGGCGCUGGGCGCGUGGCGGGACGUCGCGGCCCAAGUCAAGGUCGGCGAGUUGGCCUCUUAUGGGCUAGGCGUGUUAUCGUUCUUGCGGAGCGCGGAUUGA